AUGUGGUGUACACCGAAGGCUGAAAAUGACACUCGAGGAGCAAAAAAAAAGAACCUCCAGCAGCAAAAAAACAACCUCCAGCAGCAAAAAAACAACCUCCAGCAGCAAAAAAACAACCUCCAGCAGCAAAAAAACAACCUCCAGCAGCAAAAAAACAACCUCCAGCAGCAAAAAAACAACCUCCAGCAGCAAAAAAACAACCUCCAGCAGCAAAAAAACAACCUCCAGCAGCAAAAAAACAACCUCCAGCAGCAAAAAAACAACCUCCAGCAGCAAAAAAACAACCUCCAGCAGCAAAAAAACAACCUCCAGCAGCAAAAAAACAACCUCCAGCAGCAAAAAAACAACCUCCAGCAGCAAAAAAACAACCUCCAGCAGCAAAAAAACAACCUCCAGCAGCAAAUAAACAACCUCCAGCAGCAAAUAAACAACCUCCAGCAGCAAAUAAACAACCUCCAGCAGCAAAUAAACAACCUCCAGCAGCAAAUAAACAACCUCCAGCAGCAAAUAAACAACCUCCAGCAGCAAAAAAACAACCUCCAGCAGCAAAAAAACAACCUCCAGCAGCAAAAAAACAACCUCCAGCAGCAAAAAAACAACCUCCAGCAGCAAAAAAACAACCUCCAGCAGCAAAAAAACAACCUCCAGCAGCAAAAAAACAACCUCCAGCAGCAAAAAAACAACCUCCAGCAGCAAAAAAAAACCUCCAGCAGCAAAAAAAAACCUCCAGCAGCAAAAAAACAACCUCCAGCAGCAAAAAAACAACCUCCAGCAGCAAAAAAACAACUCCAGCAGCAAGAAAAACAACUCCAGCAGCAAAAAAACAACUCCAGCAGCAAAAAAACAACUCCAGCAGCAAAAAAACAACUCCCAACAGCAAAAAACAACUCCCAACAGCAAAAAACAACUCCCAACAGCAAAAAACAACUCCCAACAACAAAUAAACAGCUCCGUUCAACAACAACAACUCCCGCCAACAACAACAACAACAACUCCAGCCAACAACAACAACUCCCGCCAACAACAACAACUCCUGCCAACAACAACAACUCCCGCCAACUCUGUACAAACAACUCUGCAAUACGCGAUGUCUACAAGAAUAACCAAGUAAGACGAAUAACCCGCAACUGUUCGUAUCAUCCGUUGCAGCCGUCAGGCAGAUCACGUGACUCGAUAGCAGCGCCUCUCGCGGCGCCCCAACAACCGACCGUCUAA